UCGAGGGAAAAAAGGGCAAAAAAAAAAAAACAAAAAGAAAAGGCCUACUCGCCUUGACUCUCUCUCCCUCUCCCCAUCCCUCUCUCUUUUUCUCCGAAAUGAUGAAGGCAUCUUUGAAGGGCAGGUAUGAAACUGACAAAACCAGCGCGGCUGCUACCGUUGCCUUCAACGCUGGCGAUGUUAAGCUCCGGGCUUCCAUGGCAGACGCCACCGUUGUCAACGGCCCCAGCUUAAACGGCUUGGUUUUGGCUAUCGAGAAGCCCGGCUUCUUCGUCGUCGAUUACAAUGUCCCCAAAAAGGAUUUUCGAUUUCAGUUCAUGAGCACAGUUAAGGUUGCUGAUAAGCCCUUGAACUUGACAUACAUUCACAGCAGAGGGGAUAACCGCACGAUAUUAGAUGGGGCUCUUGUGUUAGAUUCAGCUAAUAAGGUGUCUGCAAAUUACAUGCUUGGCACAGGGAAUUGCAAGUUGAAGUAUACGUAUGUGCAUGGUGGGGCAACCACAUUUGAACCUUGCUAUGAUUUGGCAAAGAAUUCCUGGGAUUUUGCUGUUUCACGUAAGGUUUAUGCUGAUGACGUGUUUAGGGCUACAUAUCAAACAUCAAGCAAGGCACUGGCAUUAGAGUGGUCAAGGAAUUCAAAAUUUAAUGGUAGUUUCAAGAUUUCUGCAUCUGUCAAUUUGGGCGAGGAGUCAAAAGUGCCAAAACUAAGUGCUGAGAGUACAUGGAACUUAGAGAUUUGACAUGUUAUUUAGUUAUUAUUGUAUUUGUUCUAUGUUGCAUUGGAUCGUUGAUCCCUUAAAUUUGAACAAACAGCUCACCCACUAUUGGCUUUGGCUGCGCUCAAAAAUCUUAAUAGCUUUAAUUUUCUUGUUGUUGUCCUUGAA